AUGGAGUACGUUCAACAAAGUAAUUCGGAUGACCUCUAUUUGUCUCUUGUUCAUCCGCAAAGCAAGGCAGCAGGCCUCACAUGGCAUCUGGUACCACCAAGGGCGCCUCAUUUCGGCGGUCUUUGGGAAGCGGCGGUGAAAACCGCCAAGAAGCAUCUUUACCGGCAACUGGGUAGUGCACGCCUAACAUUCGAGGGGUAUUGCACAGUCCUGUGCCAAAUUGAAGCCGUCAUGAACUCCCGUCCGCUGCUGCCCAUGUCUAGCGAUCCCAACGACCUGGCAGCCCUAACUCCGGCCCAUUUCCUGAUCGGGUCGUCGUUGCUGGCUCUCCCGGAUCUGAAUUAUUCGAGUACCAGGCCCUCUUCGCUGAGCGAACUCCAGCAAAUGCAGCUAAUGGUGCAGCAGUUUUGGAAGCACUGGAGGAACGAGUAUCUGCAGGAACUGCAGAGAGAUACGGUUCGCGCCGUCCGGAACGAUAGCAUUCGCCCUGGACGUAUGGCUAUCCUGAUCGAUGACACGCUUCCUGUUACCCGCUGGCCUCUAGCGCGCAUCACAAAGGUCCAUCCCGGGAAGGAUGGAAUUCCGCGGGUUGUUGGUAUUCGUACGGCACGUGGCGAUCUGACUCGCCCUAUAACUAAAAUAUGUCUACUUCCUGACACUCAAAAACAGAAUUAG